AUGCUGCCACUUCUGCGGUUCCUCCUCCUCCUGGCCCUAGGCCUUCGUCUGGCCAGAACACUCAACUCCAAUGAUCCCAAUGUCUGCACCUUUUGGGAAAGCUUCACCACCACCAUGAAGGAGUCCCACCUACGCCCCUUCAGCCUGUUGCCGGCUGAGCCCUGUGACAGGCCCUGGGAGGACCCCCAGACCUGCUCUCAGCCCACGGUUGUGUACCGCACUGUGUACCGUCAGGUGGUGAAGACUGACUCCCGCCCACGCCUGCAAUGCUGUGGGGGUUACUAUGAGAGCAGUGGAGCCUGUGUCCCACUCUGUGCCCAGGAGUGUGUCCAUGGUCGCUGUGUGGCUCCCAAUCGGUGCCAGUGUGCACCAGGCUGGCGAGGUGAUGACUGUUCUAGUGAGUGUGCCCCAGGAGUGUGGGGGCCACGGUGUGACAAGCUCUGCCACUGCGGCAAUAGCAGUUCCUGUGAUCCCAAGAGUGGGGUGUGUUUUUGCCCCUCUGGCCUGCAGCCCCCCAACUGCCUUCAGACUUGCUCUCCUGGCCACUAUGGUCCUGACUGCCAGUUUGGUUGCCAUUGCCAUGGGGCCUCCUGUGACCCCCAGAAUGGAGCCUGCUUCUGCCCCCCAGGGAAAACAGGACCCAGCUGUAGUGUGCCCUGUUCACAGGGCACUGCCGGCUACUUCUGCCCUAGAACCAAUCCUUGCCAAAAUGGAGGUGUUUUUCAGGUCCCCCAAGACUCCUGCAGCUGCCCUCCUGGCUGGAUGGGUGACAUAUGUUCCCUGCCCUGCCCAGAGGGUUUCCAUGGACCCAACUGUACCCAUGAAUGUCGCUGCCACAAUGGUGGCCUCUGUGACCGGUUUACUGGGCAGUGCCACUGUGCUCCUGGCUAUAUCGGGGAUCGGUGCCGUGAAGAGUGCCCUGUGGGCCGUUUUGGGCAAGACUGUGCUGAGACCUGCGACUGCGCCCCUGGUGCCCGUUGCUUUUCUGCCAAUGGCGCGUGUCUGUGUGAACAUGGCUUCACAGGCGACCGCUGCAAUGAGCGCCUCUGUCCGGAUGGCCUCUAUGGUCUCAGCUGCCAGGAGCCCUGCACCUGCGACCCGGAUCACAGUCUCAGCUGCCACCCUAUGCACGGUGAAUGCGCCUGCCAGCCAGGCUGGGCGGGCCUACACUGCAAUGAGAGCUGCCCACAGGACACGCACGGGCCGGGCUGCCAGGAACACUGCCUCUGUCUGCAUGGCGGCAUCUGCCUUGCAGACAGCGGCCUCUGCCGGUGCGCACCCGGAUACACGGGACCUCACUGCGCUAACCUUUGUCCACCGGACACUUAUGGAAUCAACUGCUCCUCCCACUGUUCCUGCGAAAAUGCCAUCGCCUGCUCCCCCAUCGACGGCACAUGCGUUUGCAAGGAAGGUUGGCAGCGUGGUAACUGCUCUGUACCUUGUCCCCCUGGCACCUGGGGCUUCAGUUGCAAUGCCAGUUGCCAGUGUGCCCAUGAGGGAGUCUGCAGUCCCCAAACUGGAGCCUGUACUUGCACCCCUGGGUGGCAUGGAGCUCACUGCCAGCUUCCUUGCCCGAAGGGGCAGUUUGGUGAAGGUUGUGCCAGUGUCUGUGACUGUGACCACUCUGAUGGCUGUGACCCUGUUCAUGGACACUGCCAAUGUCAGGCUGGCUGGAUGGGUACACGCUGCCACCUGCCUUGCCCAGAGGGCUUUUGGGGAGCCAACUGCAGCAAUACCUGCACCUGUAAAAACGGGGGUACUUGUGUACCUGAGAGUGGCAACUGUGUGUGUGCACCAGGGUUCCGAGGCCCCUCCUGCCAGAGGCCCUGUCAGCCUGGUCGCUAUGGCAAACGCUGUGUGCCCUGCAAGUGUAACAACCAUUCUUCCUGUCACCCUUCGGACGGGACCUGCUACUGUCUGGCAGGCUGGACGGGCCCGGAUUGCUCUGAAUCAUGUCCCCCAGGUCAUUGGGGACUCAAAUGCUCCCAGCCCUGCCAAUGUCAUCAUGGUGGAACCUGCCACCCCCAGGAUGGGAGCUGUGCCUGCACCCCAGGCUGGACUGGACCCUAUUGCUUGGAAGGCUGCCCACCAGGAGUAUUUGGUGUCAACUGCUCCCAGCUAUGCCAGUGUGGUCCUGGAGAGAGGUGCCACCCAGAGACCGGGGCUUGUGUCUGUCCUCCAGGACACAGUGGUGCACCCUGCAAGUUGGGAAUCCAGGAGUCAUCCACCAUCAUGCCCACCUCUCCUGUGACCCAUAACUCACUGGGUGCAGUGAUUGGCAUUGCAGUACUGGGGACCCUUGUGGUGGCCCUGGUAGCACUGUUCAUCGGCUACCGCCAUUGGCAAAAGGGCAAGGAACACGAGCACUUGGCAGUGGCUUACAGCUCUGGGCGACUGGAUGGCUCUGAUUAUGUCAUGCCAGAUGUCUCUCCGAGCUAUAGUCACUACUACUCCAACCCUAGCUACCACACUCUGUCUCAGUGCUCUCCUAACCCCCCACCCCCUAACAAGGUUCCAGGGAGUCAGCUCUUUGUCACCUCCCAGGCACCUGAGCGGCCAGGCAGAGCCCGUGAUAAUCAUGCUACACUUCCCGCAGACUGGAAGCACCGACGAGAGCCCCAUGACAGAGGCUCCAGCCACCUGGACCGAAGCUAUAGCUGUAGCUAUAGCCACAGGAACGGUCCAGGACCAUUCUGUCAUAAAGGCCCCACUUCUGAAGAGGGCCUGAGGGCAAGUGUUAUGUCCCUGAGCAGUGAGAACCCCUAUGCUACCAUCAGAGAUCUGCCCGGCCUGCCUGGGGAACCCCGAGAAAGCAGCUAUGUGGAGAUGAAAGGCCCGCCAUCAGGGUCUCCUCCCAGGCUGCCUCUUCAUAUUCGUGACAGCCAGCAGCGGCAACUGCAGCCACAGAGAGACAGUGGCACCUAUGAGCAGCCCAGCCCGUUGAGCCAUAAUCAGGAGUCUGUGGGCUCUACGCCCCCUCUUCCUCCAGGCCUGCCUCCUGGCCACUAUGACUCACCCAAGAACAGCCACAUCCCUGGCCACUACGACUUGCCUCCGGUAAGGCAUCCACCAUCACCUCCACCUCGGCGACAGGACCGCUGA